AUGCGAGUGAAGAGGAUCUUUGCAACCAACAGAGGAGAGAAGCCUUUUAUGUGUAAAGAAUGUAAAAGAAGUUUUAGUUAUUUAUCUCGUCUGAAAACACACAUGAGAACUUGCACAGGAGAGAAGCCCUUUUUGUGUAAAGAAUGUAAAAAAAGAUUUAGUUAUUUGUCUGGUCUGAAAAGACACAUGAAAACUCACACAGGAGAGAAGCCUUUUUCUUGUAAAGAAUGUGAUAAAAGUUUUAGUUUUUUACCUGAUCUCAAAGCACACAUGAGAACUCACACAGGAGAGAAGCCUUUUUCUUGUAAAGAAUGUGAUAAAAGUUUUAGUUAUUUAUCUGCUCUCAAAACACACACAAGAAUUCACACAGGAGAGAAGCCUUUUCCUUGUACAAAAUGUAAAAAAACAUUUAAUCAAACAUCUAGUCUCAAAAGUCACAUGAGAACUCACACAAGCGAGAAGCCUUUUUCUUGUAAACACUGUGACAAAUGUUUCCGCUCUGUAUUUAGUGUCAAAACACACAUGAGAACUCAUACAGGAGAUAAACCUUUUUCUUGUAUGGAAUGUGGAAAAAGUUUUUGUUUUAAUUCUUUUCUAAAAACACACAUGAGAACUCACACAGGAGAGAAGCCUUUUUGUUGUAAAGAAUGUGAUAAAUGUUUUAGGCAUGUAUCUCAUCUCAAAGCUCACAUGAGAACUCAUACAGGAGAGAAGCCUUUUUCUUGUGAAGAAUGUGAUACCAGAUUUAGGUUUUUGUCUGGUCUCAAAUCACACACCAGAAAUUAUACAGGAGAAAAGAUUUUGUCUUGUAUAGAAUGUGAUAAAAGUUUUAGUUAUUCAACUUGUCUCAAAUCACACAUGAGAACUCACAGAGGAGACAGGCCUUUUUCUUGUAAAGAAUGUGAUAAAUGUUUUAGGCAUGUAUCUGAUCUCAAAGCUCACAUGAUAACUCAUACAGGAAAGAAGCUUUUUUCAUGUACAAAAUGUAAAAAAAAAAAAAAUCAAACAUCUCAUCUCAAAAUACACACAAGAACUCACACAAGAGAGAAACCCUUUUCUUGUCAAGAAUCUGAAAAAAACUUUUAGGCAUGUAUCUCAUCUCAAAACACACAUGAUAACUCACAUAAAAGAUACUUUUUUUGUUUAAAGAAUGUGAUACAGUAAUCCCCCCGUAUUCGCGGGGGGUGAGGAACGUAAAUAACGAAAAUCCGCGAAUAAUUGACGCUGUUUUAAAACUCCCAGAGCCAGAGCCUCUGCAGGGUCAGAACCUUUUUCUGCCGUUUGGGUUCAUUUCCAGAAGCUGGAGAUGAUGCAGGGCUUUAAUUGGCUUUUAUUAACCUUGUCAGAAUGGUUACAGCUCGAACAAAAAAAGCGCAGCCUGCUCAUACACUCAGCCGGAGGAGAACGUUCAGCCAACGCGCACCCAGGUAGGCCCCGCCCCCUCUAAUCCACCAGUUACCAGCACACCACUGAUUGACAUACGCUGUGGUCCAGCAACUGGCAGAAAGAGGGGGGCGCCGGCUGCCCGCAGCUCUGUCCAACUCUGGGUCGUUAUACUUUACAGUACAGUACAGAAUAAAUCGUUUUUAUAAAAUUCGCGGAAUGAGCGCUGUUCUGCGUCUCACGCUUGUGACGUCACGUUAUCUGCGGCCAUCCGCGAAUGGGCGGGGCGCGAAUAUUAAACCGCGAAAGGGUGGGGGAUUACUGUACAAGUUUUAGUACUGUACAUACAUAAUCUCAAAAGACACAAGAACUCACAGGAGAGAAUACUUUUUUGCAUAAAGAAAAUUUUAGUGAAAUAUCUUGUUUUAAAAAGCCCUUUUGUGAAAAGUAUGUGAUAACACUUUUUGUGUUGUUUUUGACCUCUAAACAUGAGAACUCAGAAGAGAACUACAGAAGAGAAACUGACCUGAGGUCAGCUAACAAAGCCGCCUGAUCUUUCAUUAAAUGUACACAGGCUGGUGGCCUCCAUAACACAUUGAUGCAGUUAUUCAGUAAAAAAGAAGCAUAAGUGAUUAUUGGAUUCAUGAAAGUGAACAGUUUUCUGAAAUCUAACGUGAGUCCUGAAAUGUUUUGUCUUUAUCUCAAAAAAUGGAUUGUGAAAAGAUUCUAAAUAUAAUGAGUUUCACUUUUUAACAUAUUUAACUUCAUGGAAUUUAUGCUUUUAUAUUUUCUUCUAAAUAGAGUGUUGUUUUCAAUUAUAAUGGUAUGUUUAGAUUUUUAAAGAAAUUUUGAUGAUGUUCAAUUUUUGUUGGUUGAUUUUUUUCUAGUAGUUUUUGUACUUUUAUGAUUUUGUUUAAAGUACUUGGGUUAACCAUUGCUGUUGUUUUUUUAUGUACAAGACACUGGUAGACGAAGUAAGCAUUGCUCCACGCCGUUGAAGCCUGAUCCACUGCUUCUGUGAAGUGUGUACCAUGGUCACCUACAAAAAGAAAGAAAUAUUCAAUCAGUUUUUAGUACUUCAUUCUUGUAAUUUUUUGGAUUUAGAUUGUGUUUUUCACAAAAAGCAGACUAUUUGUUACAUGAUGCAGCACGUUUUUACAGUAACUUAAUGCCCUGACGGAGCAAACACUGACUUAGACUGCAGCGGCAAAGGACAGCAAAAUGUGCUGUACUUCGGGAUAAGUUAAUUAAAGCAUCUGGGGGGUAUUCCAGGUAGCAUGUUUAAACUACCCUGAGUUUAAGCCGGAACUCUGGCUGAAAUCCGCCUGAACUUGCUUACUCUGGGUAUGUCGGUUCCAAAAGACCGGAUAUGAGUUGGCGUAAUUACGCUCGACUUGGUAACCCUGGGUUAAUGCACGUGCACAGCAGGUACAUAGAGACAUUCUCA